AUGAAACCAACUGUUAGCCUCUGCUUCGCUUACUUGCUAUUGGCGGACAUAGAAGCGGGGAAGGUGGUAGCUUUUGAUCCAGACCUCGCAGAAAAUGGUUCUCUUGUCUACAGCAUCAGACCACCGAAUAAGUUUUACAGUCUUAACAGUACGACGGGAAAGAUUCGGACAACAGGGGUUGUGUUGGACAGAGAAAAUCCAAACCCCCAAGAAGCUGAGCUCAUGAGGAAGAUUGUGGUCUCCGUCACUGACCGUGGGAGGCCACCAUUACGGGCCACAAGUAGCGCCACAGUGUUUGUAAACUUACUAGAUCUUAAUGACAACGAUCCCACCUUCCAGAACUUGCCCUUUAUCACUGAGAUUCCUGAGGGUCUUCCAGCAGGGUCAUCUGUCUUCCAGGUGGUGGCCAUAGACCUGGACAAGGACUUGAAUGGCCAAGUGACAUAUCGCAUGCAGGUGGGCAUGCCCAGGAUGGACUUUGUCAUCAACAGCAAGACCGGUCUUAUCAACUCCACCACUAUUCUAGACAGGGAAAGAAUUGCUGAAUACUACUUGAGGGUUGUAGCAAGCGAUGCAGGGGAACCAUCCAAAAGUUCUACCAGCACCCUCACAGUCAGAGUUUUAGAUGUGAAUGAUGAAAACCCUACCUUCUUCCCAGCUGUCUACAAUGUGUCACUUCUGGAAAAUGUACCACGUGAUUUCAAAGUGGUUCGUCUGAAUUGUACUGACACCGAUAUGGGCCUUAAUGCUGAACUUAGUUAUUUCAUCACAGGUAGGAGCUUCCACAAUUUCAGGGUCAUGCAAAGAGACUUGAUUGUAGGGACACUUUUUUCCCUCCGGCCGAUGACCCAGACCCUGUGUUUUGUUCUCACAGAUAAUGGCCCGACGGGAAAAAGAAGGACUGGUACUGCAACUGUUCAUAUCACAGUGCUGGAUGUUAAUGACAACCGACCCAUCUUCCUCCAGAGCAGUUAUGAAGCUACUGUGCCAGAAGACAUUCCCGAUUACAGCAGCAUUGUACAGGUGAAAGCCAUGGAUGCAGAUGAAGGUGUGAAUGGCCGCGUGUGGUACAGAAUUGUCAGAGGAAACAAUUUCAACAAUUUCAGGAUCAAUCCCAGCAAUGGGCUGGUCAUGCGGGGUACACGACCCCUGGAUAGAGAACAAAAUUCAUCCCAUGUUCUUGAAGUGGAGGCUUACAACAGUGAGCAAGGACCAAUGAGAAGUUCUGUCAGGGUAAUAGUCUAUGUGGAAGAUGUCAAUGAUGAACUACCUGUAUUUACCCAAAGACAAUAUAAUCGGCUGGGUUUACGAGAGACCGCUGGAAUUGGGACAUCAGUUGCUGUAGUCCGGGCCACAGAUCGUGAUACAGCAUCUAAGAUGACAAAAAGAGAGAAUCUGGAUUACCAAAAUUAG